AUGCCACCCUUAAUUGGAUUCUUUUGGGGUGACGCCUUGGGGGCUUUUGUCUGGGCGGGGCUGGUAGCCAGGCUAUUCAUCUGGCACUGUACUUUCUUGGUCAAUUCUUUCGCGCAUAUGCACGGUCUACAGCCUUAUUCCGACGAGGACACGUCUCGAGGAAAUCUAGUAAGGGCAUCCUCCUCUGGACCGAGGGAUAACCAGAGGCUGAAGUGUUCCAAGCUGCUGGCCCUACUCACCGGUGGCGAAGGAAACCACAACUUUCAUCAUUCCUUCCCCCAUGACUUUCGCUCUGGGCCAUCCAAUCUCGACUGGGAUCCCAGCAAAUGGAUCAUCAUCGGUCUACACCAUCUCGGCUGGGUGUCUGGCCUUCGGAAAGCAAGGGAAAUCGACGUCACCGAUUCUCUUGAGCACAUGAAGAAGAAAACUCUUCACCCGGGCGUAGCUCUCGAGGAGGAGGACAGCGAGUGGCAAGGGGAAGUGUGGAAUGACGCGGAGGUCUUCACAUUUCAGGAGAAAAAUCCUUCCCGUUGUCUACUGCUUCUCGGCGGUUACGUCGUGGACGUUACUCGCUAUCUCGGGGAACAUCCCGGAGGAGCGGCCCACUUGCGAACUCAUUCCAUACGAAAGCAAGGUGAUAUUAAUUCUACUGGCGCACAGUGGGCGUUCUAUGGAGGUUUCAACAACCAUUCGCGAGCCGCCAAGAAAAGGAUGAGGGAAAUGAGGAUCGCGAAAUUGAUUGAACCUGGGGUAAACAACGCGAUAUGA